AUGCAUCCUGAAAAGGGCUCAACUGACGAGGCCCAGGAGAUGAUAAUCGAUCUCUUGACCCAGAAGGAACUCGAGAAGAAGCGCAUGAUCAACUGGUGUAGAAAUGCCACAAUUGUUCAUCCAAAGAUUGUACCCCGCUCUGCGAGAUCAAUUUUACAAGCUGCCAGCAUGGCAGUACUGCGGCAUUACAGCGAGAGCUUUUGCUGCUCACUGUUGCAUGACAUGCACACUCUGCUGAAUCAGAAGCAUCAUAACUUCCUGUUGAACCGAUGGUUGAGCGACAUGAAGCGAAGGGGAGGGAUACUUUCGUUCAAAAGCGAGUGGAACGAAAUCGCCAACCUCAACCCUCUUGCAAAGAGGAUCUGCAAGCCCAUCUAUCUCAUGGCCCUGGCGCACAUCCUGCAGAAGAACAUCAUCGUGGUUGAGUGCGAGUCAAGGAGACACACCGGAAAGCACUCCUCCCCCCUCAAAGUCAGCAGCGGGGUGCAAGGGAUUUAUCUGCCGCUCGACCUGGAGACAUGUUCCCAGGAAUUUCUGAUGUUCGCAUUCAUUGGAAACGACGUCUACCUACUUGAGGCCCCUGAGAACGCGGUACGCUCCCCUUCCGAUUGCCCUCCUCCUCCCUGCCCUCCUCCUCCUUGCCCGAACUCCCGUGCGCUCGUCGCAUUUGCCGCUGACCACCCCCCGCAGAGCAAGGUGAUGUUUCCCCUGGUCACCUGCAAGGGCUCGCUGCUGCCCGUCAAGUUCUUGAAGGAUACGGAGAGCGAGGACGAAUGCUUGAAGUCCUACCUGUCUGUCGUAGCUGCAGACGUCUUCCCCAACCUCGUCGACCCUGACUUCCCUAACGGAGUUCCGGUCUUGUGCGCGCAGUUCGAGAGGGCGACGGUCUCGGGCCACCUGGACCAUUCGCUCACCAUCACGUCAGGGCAGGACUGCAACGCCGGCAACUUGGAUGCUGAGAAAGAAUCGUCUGACGACGAGCUUGUCCUCCCUGGAGGAGCUCAGAGGGUUCUUAGCGGACAUGCCUUCGAGAGGACGGGAUCUGACCAUGGCCGAACUUUCAGCAUUCCCUUCAGGGACGAGGACUCUCCUAGGAGCUUCGCGAUGGGCGGGUUGAGGAGGAUCAACAGCGACACGGCUCUGCACAGUUACGGAGGAGACGACUUGAACGUCAUGCAGCCCGGAGUCCUGCUGCAGAAAUGUCUGACGAACCUCAAGGCGGACGACUGCUUCGCAAGGAGCGGGACACCGCCACGGCCACGAGCGAGUGACCAGCACGACAGCAGCCCUGAAGGAUCUGAGAGGAGGGUGACCUUCGGGCUGAACGAGACCAUCAUCUUAGGAUGA